UACGCACUGCUGACUUUCUCGAAGAUUCAGGAUGGCAAGAACCAAGCAGACCGCUCGCAAAUCCACCGGAGGUAAAGCUCCUCGUAAGCAGUUGGCGACAAAGGCUGCUCGUAAGAGUGCGCCCGCAACUGGUGGUGUUAAGAAGCCUCAUCGUUACCGUCCUGGAACUGUCGCUCUCCGUGAGAUUCGUCGUUAUCAAAAAAGCACAGAGCUGUUGAUCCGUAAGCUGCCGUUCCAACGGUUGGUUCGUGAGAUCGCACAGGAUUUCAAGACCGACCUCCGCUUCCAGAGUUCGGCUGUAAUGGCCCUUCAGGAAGCUAGCGAGGCUUAUCUCGUCGGAUUGUUCGAAGAUACCAACCUUUGUGCGAUCCACGCCAAGAGAGUAACCAUCAUGCCCAAGGAUAUUCAACUGGCUCGUCGAAUCCGCGGAGAACGUGCCUAAAUUAUUGAUUUAUUUCAAAACGGCCCU